CGCCUUUCCAGAUAUGUCUGGACAAAUCGCAGGAGCCGUGGUCGCCGCGAUUUCGACGAGAUAACAUGUUACCAUGUUACCAUGGCCACUAGCAGCGAUGGUGCGGGCGAUAUCCACGGUACCAUGGCCCUGAGGAAGCGGUUCAAGUGGUGGAAGUUCUUCGUGCUGCUGGACUUUUACAAAUCUGAACGUGCUCGCACCUGAUCGUGGGGUAUACGAUUUUUCCGGCACGGCUGGUUGUAUGUUUUUUAGUUCGAAACGUUCUUGAUUUCCAAGAGAUUCUUCUUAUUUUGCACGCAUACUAUCCCGAUAUAUACACACGCACAAACUCGUCGUAUCCUAUGCAACUUACAGUAUAUUCCAAUUAUUGUGAUAUCAACAGUGACUGAUCGGUGGUCGGUGGUCGUUUUUCAAAAAACGAUUACUCGCCCAUUGAACCAUGGUGGAUUUAGGCGGCUAUGUAAUAAUUCUGGUAGAAACCAAAGACAAAAAAAUCAAACUUUAUGGAUCGCCAGCAGAUAAAGAUAACCUAGAAGUUGGAGACGAAAUUUUGGAGGUUAAUGGAAAAACUUUGGAGGAUGCAACUCAUACGGAAGUUAUCAGUCAUAUCCAUCAGCUGAAUCAGACCACAACUUCAGGCGAAGAACUGAACGGCUUCAUCAAAACCUCCCCGAUCUACGUGACCUCGUUGACAGCCACCACCGAAAACUCCAACAACAACAGGGCAGCGAAGGGCGCAGGCGUAGCAGGAGUGGGGGUAGUGCUGGGCGGUACCACCACUUCCGUUGUCGCCGUCGACAGGGAUUCGCUGGUCGUGACAGGUGGCAAGCAACAGGUGCCCAACGGUCACGACGCGCAGGCGCAGAACGCGGUCGACAACGUCAGGGUGGCGAAUGACGUCAGAGUUGCUGCGCAGGGUGAUAUCCUGAGAUCCCUGGACAGUCCAACGCAUGUGAGUCGUAUACUGGGCGACAGAAGAGGAUCAUCGCCGUUCCAGAAUGGAAGAACUGAGCUGCUAAUCGGCGCAGAAGACAAUAAUAAACUCAAAACGACGGCCAUCGUGGAAAGCAAUAAUAAUAAAUUGGGAAUUGAUAUCGAAAAUAGGCCUCGCCGCCGGUCUGGCAGCAGCAUCGUGGUGCUGGACGGCGACCCCGACGCGGUGAAGAAGCACCCCGACCUGCUCGACCAAGGUCUCGACUACGACAUGGUGAUGAUGCUGUCGUCUGCGAGGGCGGCCGACGACGGGCCGCACCGCGAGAUGGCGGUCGACGUGCCGGAGAACUUCGUGGUAGGAUACGACAGACUUUUGGGCAUUACUUUUGGGGACGAUGCCCAAGAGAGGGCCAUAGACGUGCCCGAUAAUUUUGUCGAAAGAAAAAAGACACCUCCGAAAUACCCCACGCCGAAAAUCGAAAGUGUCAAGUCGCCCGCCCCCGCCACUACCAAGCCCGUGCCGCCGCCCCGCGACCACCUCAAGAUCGAGAAGGACGGGCGGCUGGUGAACCGGGCGCCCGCCCCGCAAUUGCCUGCCCGAAUCGUCAACAACAACAACGUCGCCCCUGUUGCCCCUCUCACCCCCGUUGCCCCGGCGGUCGAGCCGACUAGGGAGCAGCUGGACAGCAUCAAGAAGUACCAGUUUUCGUGGGUGGUGUGCGGUUUUUCAGCGAGUAGUGAUUUUGAAAAAAAUAAAAUGGUUGCGUCCAUUUGCGAAAACGCAGUGAACGGUCCUAAUAAUAACAAUAAUAAAUUUUGUUCAAAUAAGGUAGAAGAAGACCGUCUAGCGGCGCAGAACGAGUUCCUGAACAGAUCCUUGCGGGGCUCCAAGAAACUCCAGGCCCUCGAAAGCGGUCCACUAGGAGUCGCGAACGAUGCCUUCGAAGAAGAAGCCCUUCGGGAUGCUGCAGCAGCCACUCCUACGGAAAAGACAGAAAAAGAGCUGGUCCACCGGUUGCAGCUGCAGCUGAAGAAGGCCGUGUCGGGGGGCGGGCUGGGCGGACUCGAGGGCCGUAUCGCCGCCGUUCAGUCCCUCCUCCUGUCGCCUCAUUUCGGGCGGGCGCUGGCCGUACACAACAAGGUGCAGGCGGUACGAAGGCGGGCAGCGGUGCGACCCGCCCCUGUUGCCCAGGCCGCCCUCAGGGAGUGUCUCGACGCGGUCGGGGGCGGGCAGAGCGCCUACGCCGUCGAGCUGGCCGCCCUUUUGACAGGUUACGAAUUCGAAGCACUCAUGGUAGCCCACGACGGAGUGACGUCUAUCUUGCCAGAGGAUUCAACCUCACCUACACCGUCUACAUCGGAAUCCGUACCACAGUCGAUAACGGAUCACAGGUACGGUGAGGAUAACAUCAAGAUAAUCAAAAUCGAGAAGAGCACUGAGCCGUUAGGCGCGACUGUCAAAAACGAAGGAGAUGCUGUAAUCGUAGGAAGGGUGAUAAGAGGUGGAGCGGCCGAAAAGAGCGGCCUACUUCACGAGGGCGAUGAAAUUCUGGAAGUGAACGGGAUAGAGAUGCGCGGCAAGAGCAUCAACACUGUCUGUGAUAUGGCACACUUUGACUACGACCCCGAGGAGGAUAUGUACAUUCCGUGCAGGGAGUUGGGGAUAGGGUUUCAAAAGGGGGACGUUUUGCAUAUCAUUAGCCAGGAGGACCCCAACUGGUGGCAGGCGUACAGGGAGGGGGAGGAAGACCAGACUCUUGCAGGUCUGGUGCCCUCGCAGACGUUCCAGCACCAGCGCGAGAGCGUGCGACUGGCGGCCGAAGAGCGCACCUCGAAGCCGCCGCGCAAGUCGGCAACGUUGCUUUGCGGCCGCGCGCACAAAAGGAAGAAGAAGCGCGGCGCGUACGCGGACGGCGGGAAGUUCGUCGAGCACGGCGAGUACGAGAAGGCCUACUACGGCACGUCGCUGGACGCCAUUAGGUCGGUGGUGCACGCCGGCAGGAUCUGCGUGCUGAACCUUCAUCCGCAGAGCCUGCGCAUCCUGCGCACGUCAGAUCUGAAGCCGUACGUGGUGUUCGUAGCGCCGCCCAGCUUGGAGAAGCUCAGGCAGAAGAAGAUCCGGAACGGGGAGUCGUAUAAGGAAGACGAACUGAAAGACACCAUAGAAAAGGCCCGAGAAAUGGAAGAAAAAUACGGCCACUUCUUCGAUCUAAUCAUCAUAAAUAACGAUACAGAAAGGGCCUACCACCAACUACUGAACGAAAUCAAUAGUCUAGAAAGAGAGCCCCAGUGGGUGCCUGCAGCCUGGGUCAAGGCCCCAUAAUACAGAGUGCCCAAAUGUUCACCCAAGGGAUGAAUGAAUCGAGAUCGUUCUGAGGUUCGUUGGCAACAAGUUAUGCCUGGAAAAGGGGAAAAUAUGUCUUGUUCUGUGCCGGAACGUUACUGUUCUAUGGCGACAGAAGUGACACGCUGUUGCCAAAUGCGAAAUAAAGUCGCGGUAUACCUACCUACCGAGUCAGCAGGGCAAUAACUACUUAAUUGUAAAUAAAUAAAACGUAGAAUCGUAUGACACGUGUUUAAAGAAGAAAAUACAUUGUUCAUAGCUAUGUAUAUCUAGCGUCUCGGAAAUGUGUAUAUAAAAUAUCUAAGAUAGUUAUCCUGAUGCAGGAAGACUCAAGAAAAAGUGACAACAAUGAGAGCAACUGAUUUUGACUACCUACCAUAUUGUCGCUUGUUGAAUCACCUCGUAUUGGAAUCUCCCAUAGAUCAAAUGACUUUUGACUUGAAUCGCUCAGAGAUUUUAAUUGAUGUUAGUAAAUUUUCAGAUCUAUUUAAAAAAUCUACAAAUUAGAAUUAUUUUAUUGAAUGAAAAUAUAGCCGCUGUAUAGAAAAGUCUUUAAUCAGUUUUUUUCUGAUUAUAUAUAUAUAUAUUUUAGUUAGAGUAAGUUUUAAAUACUUAUUAUCAAUGUAUAGGUGCAAUUUUAGAACGUUAUAAUUUCUCGAAUUUCAGAUAUAUUCUUUAUUUAUCUUGAUUAUACAGGGCUGAGGAUGGAACUUGUCUUUAUUCUGACAAGAUCGCUGAAGGAAAAACUUUAUUUCAAAGGAUGUGCAAGGUUUACUAUGUGAUGUGUAUAUGUGUUUAUUCAUUCACUCUUGUUCGAAUAAAGGUACCCAUCACCUACCUGGUAAAUCCUUUUAUACUCAUCCGAAAACUCUAAUUCGUUUGUUUUAUAGACAUCUAAAGUCAUACAAUUUAUUAUAUUUUGUUUUAUUUAUUUGUUAUUGUUUAAUUGUACAUAAUAUAUUCAAACUGUGUAUAUAUGAUCAGACCCUAUGGCGUCUGGUAUAGCGAUUUAACGUGUAUCAUAAAGAAAAUACUAUUAUAUAGAAUGUGACUUCGGGGUUCCUUUUUAUUAUUAAAUAUUUUAUUAUGCAUAAAUCAUUGUUUUAGAACUUGCGGAAAUAAAGAUUUCUCACUAUU